GGGUAAAAUAUUACCACCACCAGCACAAAAUUUAAAAUGAUGAGUAUAUUUUAGCAGUGAAUUGCUAAAUUCCAACUCUUCCUUUCCAUCGUAUCCUUCAUUGUAUUGGAUACCAUUUGCCCAUUAUAGCUGGUUAGCAGAAUUCAAUUGGGUACGGCUGGUGGAAAUCCUCUCCUUGAAGAACCUGUGGAAGGAUAAUAGGAUGUGGCGAGGGAAGAUACCUUACCCAAAGAUCAUCAAACUCCAAAAACGAUUGUUUUAAAAAUUUAGUGACGGAUCCGAACGCAUGACCGUUGGUGCUGCUGUAAUUUGUAGUUGUUCAGAAACUUCUACUUCAUCUUCUUUCGCUUCGUGUACUCAGAUGGUUUGCGCGGUCAAAAACAUUACACACUAAGAAUUUAAUCUUUGUGCACAGCCCCCCUGACCUAAUCUUCUCCUAAACAUUUUUGUGUGUAUGCCAAGUAAUGACGGCUGAGGAUGAAGGAGUUCCAAGUGUGAUCUACACGAUUACCUUUUUGUUUCCCUAUAUUUUUUUUGUUCGCUAUCCAUUUUUUCACGAAUUACUGUAUAUUUUGAGAAUAAGUUUGUCUAUGAGCUGAUAAUAUUUAUUUUAUAGUGUAAGCAUGCAAAGAAAUCAAUCAAGAGCAACCAAGGGUGUUGCAGCACUCAGAGACGCCAAGCAAACUGAAGCUGCAGCGAUCCUUAAAUUUGCUAAGCUUAUUUCGCUGGAUAUUGAUUUGGAGCGCACAAGACAACUCGAUUUGCGCAACAAGGAGAUUCACACAUUGCCUUUGCGUCUCAAUACGGUAUUGCGUGAGGUGCGAAAGCUCGAUUUAUCAUUUAAUCAUAUUACCGAUGUGUCGCCGCUGUCUGUGCUGCCUCAUCUGAGCAAUUUGAACCUCUCCAGAAAUCCGGAAUUACGCAGUCUGAGCGGCCUAGGUUGCAAAAAUCUUGUAGUGUUGUCUGUAGCUCACUGUGGUCUACAAUUCUUGUCUGGACUUGAGGAUAGCUCUGCGACGCUGCGUACCCUUAUUGCCAACGAUAACGAACUUCAACUUCAAUCACCAUCCGUUUCCGAAGGGGGCAAAGACCCGAAGCCUCACCUUGAUAGCGGUAAUGAUGUUCCUAUAGUCACUGCAGCAGUUGAGAACUACAAAAUUUUAGCUUCUUUGAAAGCGCUUGAAACAGUGGUGCUGAGCCGAAACCCACAGUUAUGUAGUUUGUAUUCUCAUGAUAGUAAAGAAGCGAAUGAUAAAAAUAAAAGUCCUCAUAAAACAGAUCCACUGCCUCAUGAGCAUAAAGCAGAUGAUCAGGGUGUAAAUAGUGUUCAAAAGGAAGGGGAAGAGGAGCCAUGUGUGAACGUUGCUCGCAUCAGUACUCAUCCGCUUUCAGUUUUUGAGGAACUUACACACCUUGCGAAGUUAUCAUUGAGUGAGUGCAACAUAUCUUCCUUACCUUCACGAUGGUUUUUACCCAUGGUUACUGAGCUCCGCCUUGUGCGUAACGCCUUAACCUCAAUGCAGCCCGACGGUGUUAUUUUGCGCUCAGUUAAGAUUCUGGAUAUAAGCUACAACCGACUAGAGUCAAUAGCCACAUUGCGUCGCUGUCUUUUCCUACGUCAAAUCAGUCUCAAGGGAAAUCCUUUAAUGGACAUUUAUGCUCAGCGAGAUCGUGAGGAGCGUGGCGAAAGUGUUGAACAAGAGUCAGCAACGAUGCCGGAGGGCCAGAGCAGGGAGGAACACGAUAUAGCAAAGACAGUACCUCGUUCUCUCCAGAGAAGUCUUCGAGGAAUGCUGAAGCACAUUCAAUUAAUCGAUGGGCAGCCUCUCCUCUCAAGCGAGGAGCUCAUUUUGAAACGCCCUCGGCCAGUUAAAGAAGUUCUCGGGGGUGAGGAUGGUGUAACCUCUGCAAAGGAAAUAGAUGCAAAAAGUCUGGUUGCUGAAACUACUGUUCCCCCUAAGAAUAAACAACGGAAAGAUGGAGCUCAAAAGCAAAACGAAUCGAAUGUUAAAAAAAUAACUGAAGAGUUGGAUGAGAAGGAUGUUGUCUUGGAUAUACCAGAGAUAAAAGAAACACACGCACCAAUUGUGCGGCGGGAAAAGGUGCAUCAACUUCGAAAAGCUGGUCUGAUUGAGUCUGGUGAGGCUGCCGUAUCUACUUUAUUAAAGCAAUCCAAGGAAUUAGGCGCUUGGUAG